AUGUGUUUGUAUUUAACGAAUGAUUUCGAAGCGGUCACCCAUCCAAGUACUAACCGAGCCCGACGUUGCUUAACUUCAGUGAUCGGACGAGAACUGGUGUAUUCAACGUGGUAUGGCCACGAUCAAUUUCAUCGGUUCAAACAAGUACUGCUCAUAAUCACUGACGAGAACGCUUUGAAUUUAUACACUGAAGUCCAUAUAUUGAUUAUUGGCUGUGCUUCAGUUUGUUGGAUGCAAAAUAUUCUACCAUCUUGA